GGUUCAAAUGAAGAUUUUUUGUUCAUCGUCUUCACUACUACUGGGUGCAUCAUAAACGUCUCAACAAAAGUAAAAUCGUCAAAAUGUCACUUCCUACCACUCAAAAGAAAUAUACUCUCGAAUCCGCCGCUACACCCGAACGACCCAAAGCUUUCAAGAUAACCUAUCACUCCUCUGCUCCUUUUCCCACUCUCCCCACUCCUACAUCAGUUCUCGUAAACGUCAAAGCCCUCGCCCUAUCAGCUAGAGACUUACAAAUCGUCAAAGGUGAAUACCCCGCCCCACAUGCAGUUCAUCCAGGUACCGUCCCAGUCGGUUCUGGUGCUGGAGAGAUCGUCGCCGUCGGUCCCGAAGUCAAAGGGUACACAGUCGGAGAUCGUGUGAUAUUGAUGGGUAUGCCAGGACAUCAUUUCCAACCUGAUCUACCACAAAGCUCUUUGGAACGUUCCAGGGGUGGUGGGACCGACGGAACAGCUCAGGAAUAUAUUCCGAUGGAAUAUGAAGAUCUUCUCCUCGCUCCUUCCCAUUUAGACUGGAUAGAAUUAGCGGGAUUGUGUGGAUCUUCUGUAACUUCUUGGGUCCAUCUAUGGGGUCAUCAACCUUUGUUACCCGGAUCGACGGUGUUGUGUCUAGGCACUGGAGGAGUAUCAAUGUACGCAGCUCAAUUCGCUUUGGUAUCCGGAAGUAGCGUCAUUAUCACCUCUUCCUCCGAUGAAAAGUUGGCCAAAGUGAAGAAGAUCUUGGAAAAGCUUUUGAUUCCCGGAUCUAGCAAGGAUGCCAUCAGGACGAUCAAUUAUAACACGACCCCAGAAUGGGAUGUGGAAGUGAGGAAAAUGACAGGGGGAAGAGGUGUAGACAAUGUUAUAGAGGUUGGUGGUUGGGGAACUUGCGCGAAAAGUGUCAGAUCGGUUAGAAAAGGUGGAAUUGUGGGAGUUUCAGGGUAUUUGAGUACUUACCAUGAAGUACCAAUGGAACUCAAGAUGGAAGAUCUGAGCAAACUUAUCCUCUAUUCUGCUGCCAACGUCCGCGGCAUAUUUGUCGGUAACAGAACUCAAGCCGAGCAAAUGUUGCGUUUUGUGGAUCGUGCCGGUCUUCGUCCUGUAGUAAGCGAGGUGUAUGAAUUUGCGGAUCUACCCAAAGCUUAUGAAGCGAUGGAAAAGGCUUCUCACAUUGGUAAGGUAGUUGUGCGCGUGUCUGCUUGA